AUGGCCGAAGCACUGGGAAAGGAUUCCAAAUUGGACCACAUUCAGCCAACUGCUUCCGCUUCACAGGGCGAAACAUCGGAAGCCAUCAAGAAUGUAGAUGACAAGAAUCUUGACGAGGCCGCGAGAUAUCUGGUAAACACUGAAGAAUAUGGCCCCAUUACUCCAGAAAAGGAGAAGAAGAUUGUCAAGAAGAUUGAUGCAUGGAUGAUUCCUAUUCUUCUAUUCGCUGCAACCCUUGCUGCCGUUGACAAAGUCGAGAUUGGCACAGCAUCACUUUACGGAUUCCAAACAGACAAUGGCAUGGUCGGACAGCAAUAUAGCUGGCUCGGAAGUAUACUGCCACUCGGAACAUUGAUUGGGCUUGUACCUGCUUCUUAUCUGGUCCAACGCAUCCCGCCAGCCCGACUACUUUGCACUGCAUCGCUCUUGUGGUCCAUCUUGACUGUAUGCUACGCAGCAUGCCGAUCAUGGGCUGGUUUCAUGGUGCUCCGGUUCUUCUUGGGAUUCUUGGAAGCGGCUAUAACACCAUCCCUUACCAUGAUUGUUGCCUCAUUCUACAAAAAGGACGAGCAACCCCCUAGGAACGCAAGUAAUUUUGCCUACUUUUCGUCCGUCUUUAAUGGAUUCUUUGCAUUUGUCGUGGGCAAGAUACCGGAAUCCGCGCCUCUAUUUAAAUGGCAGUAUCUCUACAUCAUGACUGGCUCAAUCAAUGUGGUCUACUCCAUUGCCAUGUUCUUCCUACUGCCAGACAGCCCCAUGAAUGCCCAUUUCCUGACUGCGGAACAAAAGUUUCAUGCCGUGCAGCGCCUUGCCGAGAACAGAACCGGUAUCGCCAACAGAGUCUGGAAAUGGGAUCAAGUCGCCGACGCCUUCCUCGACCCCCGCAUCUGGCUCAUUGUCGUCUUCAACAUUCUCAUCAACAUUCCCAACGGCGGUCUCCAGACGUUUGGCACCAUCAUCAUCAACAACCUCGGCUUCGGAUCGCUAGAGUCGAGUCUGUUGACCAUGCCGUUUGGCAUUGUGGCCACGGGUGGCGCGUGGGUCUUCAGCUACCUGGCAGCAAAAUGGCACAACCGGCGAACCCUUGUUGCAUCUUUGGCUCUACUGCUGCCGAUUUUCGGUACUGCACUGGUAUACGGAUUGCCUCGAACGAAUAUUCCUGGCCAAAUGAUUGGACUUUACUUUAUGUACUUUUACUGGCCGCCCUAUGUUAUUGGUAUAUCCCUACCACAAGCCAAUGUCGCUGGACACACCAAAAAGUCCAUCGCUUACAGUCUCGUCGCCAUUGGCUACGCCGCCGGAAACCUCAUUGGACCGCAAACAUUUGUAGCGAACCAAGCGCCCAAGUACACGACGGGCGUAGUCACCAUGCUGGCUUGCUACUGCGCGUCCAUGGUGGUCCUGUUCGCGUACUGGGCCCUCUCGACCUAUGAGAACAAGCGGCGCGACCGCAGGUACGGAAAGCCAGAGGCCGUGCAUGUCGGCACCGUGGAUGGUUUUGUCGAUAUCAGCGACUCGAAACAGGAAAACUUUCGGUACACGACAUGA